CCCGGCGCGAUGGACAAGCUGCCGCCGUCCAUGCGCAAGCGGCUCUACAGCCUCCCGCAGCAGGUGGGGGCCACGGCGCGCAUCAUGGACGAGGACGAGGACGCGGAGGAGGAGGGGGCUGGCGGCCGCCGCGACCCCGGCCGCAGGAGCAUCCGGCUGCGGCCGCUGCCCUCGCCCUCGCCUUCGGCGGCCGCGGGCGGCACGGAGCCCAGGGGCGCGGCCCUCGGGGCGGCGGACGGCGAAGGGCCGGCCCGAGGCGCGGGCAAGUCCAGCACUAACGGAGACUGCAGGCGCUUCCGCGGGAGCCUGGCCUCGCUGGGCAGCAGGGGCGGCGGCGGCGGCGGCGGGAGCGGCGGCAGUCACGGGCACCUGCAUGACUCCGCGGAGGAGCGGCGGCUCAUCGCCGAGGGCGACGCGUCCCCCGGCGAGGACAGGGCGCCCCCAGGCCUGGCGGCGGAGCCUGAGCGUCCCGGCGCCGCGGCGCAGCCCGCAGCCUCGCCGCCGCCCCAGCAGGAGCCGCAGCCGGCCUCCUCCCCCAGCGAGCAUCCCUCGGCGGACACCGCUAUUAAAGUGGAGGGAGGCACGGCCUCCGGCGACCAGAUACUCCCCGAGGCCGAGGUGCGCCUGGGCCAGUCUGGCUUCAUGCAGCGCCAGUUCGGGGCUAUGCUGCAGCCCGGGGUCAACAAAUUCUCCCUGAGGAUGUUCGGCAGCCAGAAAGCAGUGGAGCGCGAGCAGGAGAGGGUUAAGUCGGCCGGGUUUUGGAUUAUCCACCCCUACAGCGACUUCAGAUUUUACUGGGACCUGACCAUGCUGCUGCUGAUGGUGGGAAACUUGAUCAUCAUUCCCGUGGGCAUCACCUUCUUCAAGGACGAGAACACCACACCCUGGAUCGUCUUCAAUGUGGUGUCAGACACGUUCUUCCUCAUCGACCUGGUCCUCAACUUCCGCACGGGGAUUGUGGUGGAGGACAACACAGAGAUUAUCUUGGACCCACAGCGGAUCAAGAUGAAGUACCUCAAAAGCUGGUUUGUGGUGGAUUUCAUCUCCUCCAUCCCCGUGGACUACAUCUUCCUCAUCGUAGAGACGCGCAUUGACUCAGAGGUCUACAAGACUGCCCGGGCCCUGCGCAUUGUCCGCUUCACCAAGAUCCUCAGCCUUCUGCGCCUCCUGCGUCUCUCUCGCCUCAUUCGAUAUAUUCACCAGUGGGAAGAGAUCUUCCACAUGACCUAUGACCUGGCCAGCGCUGUGGUGCGCAUAGUGAACCUCAUCGGCAUGAUGCUGCUACUGUGCCACUGGGACGGCUGCCUGCAGUUCUUGGUGCCCAUGCUGCAGGACUUCCCCGACGACUGCUGGGUGUCCAUCAACAACAUGGUGAACAACUCCUGGGGAAAGCAGUACUCCUAUGCCCUCUUCAAGGCCAUGAGCCACAUGCUGUGCAUCGGCUACGGACGGCAGGCGCCCGUGGGCAUGUCAGAUGUCUGGCUCACCAUGCUCAGCAUGAUUGUGGGGGCCACCUGCUAUGCCAUGUUCAUCGGCCACGCCACCGCCCUCAUCCAGUCCCUGGACUCCUCCCGGCGCCAAUACCAGGAAAAGUACAAGCAGGUGGAGCAGUACAUGUCCUUCCACAAGCUUCCGCCCGACACCCGGCAGCGCAUCCACGACUACUAUGAGCACCGCUACCAGGGCAAGAUGUUCGACGAGGAGAGCAUUCUGGGCGAGCUGAGCGAGCCGCUGCGGGAGGAGAUCAUCAACUUUAACUGCCGGAAGCUGGUGGCCUCUAUGCCGCUGUUCGCCAACGCCGACCCCAACUUUGUGACGUCUAUGCUGACCAAGCUGCGCUUCGAGGUCUUCCAGCCGGGGGACUACAUCAUCCGCGAAGGCACCAUCGGCAAGAAAAUGUACUUCAUCCAGCAUGGUGUGGUCAGCGUGCUCACCAAGGGCAACAAGGAGACCAAGCUGGCAGACGGCUCCUAUUUUGGAGAGAUCUGCCUGCUGACCCGGGGUCGGCGCACGGCCAGCGUGAGGGCCGACACCUACUGCCGUCUCUACUCGCUGAGCGUGGACAACUUCAACGAGGUGCUGGAGGAGUACCCGAUGAUGCGGCGGGCCUUCGAGACGGUGGCGCUGGACCGCCUGGACCGCAUCGGCAAGAAGAACUCCAUCCUCCUGCACAAAGUCCAGCACGACCUCAACUCGGGCGUCUUCAACUGCCGGGAGAGCGAGAUCAUCCAGCAGAUCGUGCGGCACGACCGCGAGAUGGCCCACUGCGCCCACCGCGCGCAGGCCGCCGCCCCCGCCGCCCCCGCCCCGGCCCCGCCGCCCGUCAUCUGGACGCCGCUGAUCCGCGCGCCGCUGCAGGCCGCCGCCGCCACCACGUCCGUGGCCAUCGCCCUCACCCACCACCCGCGCCUGCCCGCCGCCGUCUUCCGCCCCCCCCCGGGGCCCGGGCCGGGCAGCCUGGGGGCCGGGCAGACGCCCAGGCACCCGAAGCGGCUCCAGCCCCUGGUCCCUCCGGCGGGGGGCCCCGCCUCGCCCGCCGGCAGCCCGUCCCAGCCGGACGCGCCGUCCCCCUCCUGCUUCCGCGUCCGGCAGCUGGCCGGCUUCUCCGCGCCCGCCGGCCUGAGCCCCCUGCUGCCCUCGUCCGGCCCCUCCGCGGCCCCCACGCCGGCUGCCGCUGCGGCCGCCGCCCCAGCCGGGCUGGGCCUCUUCCACAGGGCGCUGGGUGGCUCCCUGUCCUCGUCCGACUCGCCCCUGCUCACGCCGCCGCAGCCCGGGGCCCGCUCCCCGCAGGCUAACCAGCCGCCGCCCCCGCCGCCCGGGGCCCGCGGCGGCCCGGGACCCCUGGAGCACUUCCUGCCGCCCCCGCCCUCGUCCAGGUCUCCGUCGUCCAGCCCGGGGCAGCUGGGCCAGCCUCCCGGGGAGGUGUCCCCGGGUCUGGCCGCGGGCCCUGCAAGUACCCCAGAGACACCCCCGCGGCAGCCCGAGCGGCCGCCCUUCGUGGCAGGGACCUCUGUGGGGGCUUCUCCUACAGCCUUUGCUCCCCGAGGAGGCCUCAGCCCCCCUGGCCACAGCCCGGGGCCCCCAAGAACUUUCCCAAGUGCCCCACCCCAGGCCUCCGGCUCCCACGGUUCCCUGCUCCUGCCACCUGUGUCCAGCCCCCCCCCACCCCAGGUACCCCAGCGCCGGGGCACGCCACCCCUCACCCCAGGCCGCCUCACCCAGGACCUCAAGCUCAUCUCGGCCUCUCAGCCAGCCCUGCCCCAGGACGGGGCGCAGACUCUCCGCCGAGCCUCCCCGCACUCCUCUGGGGAGUCCGUGGCUGCCUUCCCGCUCUUCCCCAGAGUCGGGGUGGGCAGCGGGGGCCUCGGUCCUCCUGGGAGGCCCCAUGGUGCCAUCCCUGGCCAGCACGUCACUCUGCCUCGGAAGACAUCCUCAGGUUCUUUGCCACCCCCCCUUUCUUUGUUUGGGGCAAGAGCCACCUCAUCUGGGGGGCCCCCUGUGACUGCUGCUCCCCAGAGGGAAGGGGGGGCCCGGUCUGAGCCAGCGCGCUCCAAACUGCCGUCCAAUCUGUGAGCUGGAGCCCCUCCCUCUCUUCUCUCUUUCCCCCGUCUCCUCUUUCUUCCUUCAGGUUUAACUGUGAUUAGGAGAUAUACCAAUAACAAUAAUAAUUAUCAUUAAAAAAACAAACCACACCAGAAAAACAAAAGACAGCAGAAAAUAACCAGGUAUUCUUAGAGCUAUAGAUUUUUGGUCACUUGCUUUUAUAGACUAUUUUAAUACUCAGCACUAGAGGGGUGGGGGUGGGGAGAGCAGGCAGGACCCAAGGGCAAAAAUCACAGGAGAGAAGGUGGGUCUGUGGGGUUUGGCAGGGGUGGGGUGACCCAUGUUUGGGGUUCCCAGAGCAGACCUGUUAUUGUACUUGUUUUAGGGCAACAGUCACCACCAGCCCCUUAGCUGUGAACUUGGAGCCCCGCUCUGCUGGGAUUCCCCUUGUUCCCUCCUGAAGGGGCUGCCCUUGGGUGUGUUCCCGGGGAGCGUCACUCGCCUGAACCCUUGGGACAAAACAGGGCCAGGGCCCUGAGAGUCUUGCAUUUUUUCUACUGCAAACUUAGUAAGAUAUGUAUAUGAAUAUGUAUAUGUAUAUGUAUGUGAGAUGUGUAUAUGUAUAGCUAUGUAGCCCUCUGUAGAGCCAUGUAGACAGCCACUCAUAUCUGUGCAAUCUGGUUUAAGCCCAUGUUGCCAGGACACCCAGGUCACCUUCCAUCCAACACCCCGCCUUUGCCUGUAGGCUGGGCACCGCAGGGUCUGGGGACACGUUCUCUCCCGUCGUCAGGGAAGAGGACCCAGGACCCCUUAGCAGGUUCCCUCUCUCCCUGUCUCUGGUCUCCAUCCGUCCUAGCCUGACCUCUUACCAUGAGGAGGCGGAGGACUCUGGGCUGGGCCUCUCCUUUCCUGUGGGGCCUCGACCUCAUCCUGCCUCCCCCUGGUCCUCAGCUUUCCCGUCUGUGCAGUGGGAGGUGAGAGGACCUUCUGUCUAUUGCGUCUGCUGCUAUGCGCUGAGCACUGCCAUGCAGCACUUGACACAUACUAACUCCUUCAGUUUCACGAAGGCCGUGAGGUAGGUCCUUGGAUUCUCCCUAUGUCGGAGAUAAGGAAACUGAGUUUUGGGUAAUUUUUCCAGAAUCACAUAACUAGAAAAACAAAAGACAGCAGAAACUAGGAGUGGCCAAGUUGGGACUGAUCUGAGAUUCAAAUUCAUGCCCUGCCUGAGGCCAAAGUCUAUGUUCAUUCCAUUAGAAAACUGAGUCGAAGGGUUAGUCCCCAAGCUUGGACAGAGGGAAGAGACUGGAUUUUGGAGGUAUCAGACCUGGGUUUGAAUCCUGCCCCUGCCACUUCUUAGGCAAGUUCUCUGACCUUUCUGAGUCUGUGACCUCAUUUGUAAAGUGAGGAUAAUUGUGGUACUGCCUACGAGGACUGCUGAGGACCAGAUCAGAAAAGUAGUAUAUGGGGAAAGCCCAGCCAGGUGCCUGGCACAUGCCAUAGCAGGUGCUCAAUAAACCAUGUUUCUUAUGCCCUCUCCUCAUGUGCCCAGCCCAUAAGUCUGGGCUGUGGUGAGAGCCCAGGGAACUGUGGCUGAGGGCUCAGGACUUCACAGCUGCCGGUGUAGGAGGUGCCCAUGCCUCCUGAGGGGGCCUAUGGCAUGGCCAGUGGUGGGCUUGAGCCAGGCCUUGAGAUGUGAAAGAGUCAGGGAAGAGGAAGGAAGGAAGGAGCAGGGGGUGGGGUGGAGUGCACAGUGGGGACACGACUGAGGAUGCGGAGCUGAGCAGUCGGGCUUUGGAAAGAGACCCCGAGGCCACAGUGACUUUGGAUGACAGAUUAGGGGAUUGGCUUUGGUCCUGAAGGGGGAACCAGGAGCUGGAAGGAGUAGGGGCCACUGUGAAGGCAACUUAGAUGCCUCCUGACGAUGAUCACCCUCCCCAGUGCCAGCGCUAAGGUUGGUGCUCUGCCCCUGCCUAAAGGGUGGGAGCAGCUUUGGCUGCCAAGACCUGGGUAAUGACGAGGGCUGGUCCCACCUUGUCCAUCCAGAAGCUUCCUCAACACUCCAAGCCAGAAUGUUGGCAAGAUUAGACUUUGUCCUGAGCUGCCUGCGGGUAUGGGGCAGGCUAGUUUCUCCACAGAUGCGCCACAGGGAGUGGGAGGCAAUAAUUCAGAACAGAAGGGGCUGAAGUAUCCUGGGAUUUUACGGAGAGACUGGGAGUCACCUGGCCUGGGUCUCUAUUGGGCAGGAGAAGCCUUCUCAAGCCCAGGCAGUUCUCAGAGCUGAAAGGACUUACACAGCAGCCCCAACCUGAGUUCCGCAUGCAGCCCUGUCCCUGCAAGGAAGGCAGCAGGAGUCCAUACAAACCCGCAGUCUGUGGUUCUGGAAGUGGCAGGGAGGAUGGGGAGGGGAGAGAUAGGGGUGGAGGGCCCAGGGCACGAGGAAUGAGGACCAGCCCCCAGUCCCGCUUGCCAUCUGAGCCUAGCCUCAUUACCCUCUUCUCUGCACACACACGCGUGCACACACACCACACGCACACACACACGCACACAUUUUAUAAAAGCUCUGACCCAGCCCAGCCACUCCUUGGAGCCUGGGGAAGCCGGGUCCAGCCAGUGAGCUCCCCAUCCCCAACCCCCCACAAGCAAUUUUCAAAUCUUCCACUUUUGAAACAGA